UAGGACAAAGGUCCUAUAUAUAAGAAACAAGAAAACCUACAAGACACUGAUAACCUUGUGAUUAUUGGCAGGUAAAAAAAAAUGAAAAUGGUGUGGCUAUUUCAUCUUGUCUUUCUUUCCUCUCUAGCUCUUACUGCUUGCAUUGUUGCAUUUUCUGGUGAACAAAACAUUGAGUUCUUAAACCUAUGUGAAACAAGUGAAGACAUUGUAACAGCUUCAUCAAACAGUGAGUUUCCUUUAGCUGUUUCUUUGAACAAUGAAGAUCUCAAUGAAGUUUCUACCAACAUUUUAUUAGCUGAAAAAUGGCUUAGGUCAAAUAUUUUCCCAUAUUACCCUUCAUCAAAAAUCACCAACAUUAUUGGAAAAACCUCAACUUUCUGUCACCAACAAGACCAAAACAAAAACAAUAACCUUAAUGUUGUUCUGUCUGCUUUGAAAAAUCUUUACCAUUCACUCACAAGAUGGGGUUUAGAAAAAGACAUUAAAGUUUCCAUUGCUUUUGAUUUAAUCUGUUUUAAUCAAAACCCUGAUUUCAAAUUAGUUAAACCUAUGAUUGAGUUUCUUCAAACGGUUAACUCAACAUUUUCUAUAAUCACAAAUUCAGAUAAAAAUGUAAACUUUAUUACUUCCCACUUAGAAUCCAUGAAAAAGAUUGGAUUUUUCAACCUUAACAACAUCAUAAAUGUUGCUACAAACAUUGUCCCAAAAGAAAGAACAAAAACCUUAAACAGAAAACUUUAUGUUAUUCCUGUUAAACCAACCCCAUUUCCAGAAAUUGCUGAACCCCCUUUGAAUUUUCCAAUUGGGUCUCCUUCAAAUCAACCAAAUUCAAAACCUUUACCUCCUUUAGCUCAAAUUGUUUCAUCUCCACCACCAAUUUCUUCUCCCAAUUUUGCCCCUCAAGAACAACAACAACCAUCACCAUUACCACCACAGUUUCUUACUCCUGCUAAUUCACCUCAAUAUGGUUUCAAUUUACCACCCUGCAAUCCAAUUCAACAUGGUUCACCUUCAAUUUCACCUUAUCCACAAAAUGUUCCUGUUCAGAAACUUUGGUGUGUUGCUAAGCCUAGUGUUCCUGAAGAAACUUUGCAACAAGCUUUGGAUUAUGCUUGUGGUGAAGGUGCUGCUGAUUGUUUAGAGAUUACUACUCCACAAGGGAAUUGUUACUAUCCUGAUACAUUGGUUGCUCAUGCUUCUUAUGCUUUUAAUAGUUACUGGCAGAAACAUAAGAGAAAUGGUGGAACUUGUAACUUUGGUGGAACUGCUAUGUUGAUUAAUUCUGAUCCAAGUUUUCUUCACUGCAGGUUUAUUCUCAUCUAGAUUCACAAGCGGAAAAUUUGGUGCUCCUAUGCUUUUAUUGCUAUUAGUUUAAUCUAAUGUACUUAAAUUAAUGUAAAGAAUCCUAUGUUAAGGUAACUUUGGCUUUUGAUUAGUUUUGCUGCAGUUGGCUUAUGUGGACCAAUUUAAAGAAUUUAUUAUAUGUCUUAGUACUUAGUAA